GCCCGCCUCGCCGCCCGCCUCGCCGCCGCGCCGCCGCGGAGGGGUCGCUGCCGCCGCCUCCUCGCCUCGCCUCCCCUCCGCAUGGCCGCCUCCGUGGAUUUCAAGACCUAUGUGGAUCAAGCUUGUAGAGCUGCUGAAGAAUUUGUCAACAUUUAUUACGAGACAAUGGACAAAAGAAGAAGGGUUUUGACUAGACUCUAUUUGGACAAAGCAACGUUAGUCUGGAACGGUAAUGCAGUGUCUGGGCAAGAAGCAUUGAAUGAAUUUUUUGAAAUGUUGCCAUCGAGUGAAUUCCAGGUUAAUGUACUGGACUGCCAACCUGUUCAUGAGCAAGCUACUCAAAGCCAGACGACAGUCCUCGUGGUGACAUGCGGGACAGUAAAAUUUGAUGGCAACAAACAGCGCUACUUCAAUCAGAACUUCUUGCUGACAGCACAAGCCACACCUACCAACACAGUGUGGAAGAUUGCAAGUGACUGUUUCCGCUUUCAGGACUGGGCCAGUUAGUGAGAACUGGCUAUGGAAAGUGACCUCUUUCCUUUGGCAUAUUGGAGUUAGCUGUAUGGACAGUCGUUCUACAAGCCUGGGAAAGGUUCGCUCUUCCUGUUGUAUCGUCGUUACGGAAGCUCUGCAGACAUCUCUGCGUUGAUCUCGAUGGCCAUGGUUUUAGUAGUUAACAAUCUUAAAAAGUAAGAGGUUGCUGAUGUUAGUUGAACAUAUUGAAAUGCUGAAGGCAAUAAGCUAUGUUGGUAUCAUUCCUAAAAUGCCUUACAUGCAGCAAUGCUGCCACUUGCAGACUUUUUGUAUGUAAUAUUAAAUGCUGAAACUCUACUAUUUGAACUCAGACUCAUCUUAAUGUACAGUUCUGACCAAACAUGUAAUUGCUUCAACUUGAAAAGAUCUGUUUUUACAGUAGCAUCUUCCCUUUUUUGAAGAUGAUGUUUGUAGUGUGUGUGUAGAACUGUCAGUUACUUUUCAGUUGGUUGUAAGAGGCUAGGAAGGAUUGGCAAAGUUUCUGCUGUUUGUGAAAGUAGCAAAUUUAGCUCCUGAGUGUGUUAUCUCUCCUAAGUUAUCUGUUGAAAAGCUAAUGUUACCUUCCUUGGUAUGAAAAAAAUGGAAGGAUUAAAUAUACUUCAGGUUUCCUUUUGACUUAACCUUCUUAGAAUUUGGUUGUGGUUAAUAUACAUUGAUUUAUAUGUAGGGAAUAUUGAAUUAUUCACAGCUCUUAUGCCAGCAGCUCUGCUAAAUGCAUGUAAAGGACUUCAAAAUGAUUAUCUUUCUUUUGAAGUCUUGCAGCAUAAGAAAUCAGUUAACAACAUUUCUGUCUGCUUUAGCUGUUAAUUGGGUUGCUAUAGAGGAUGGACUAUUUUUUCACAUCUUCAAUGAAGUUCUAAAUCGCUCUUCUUUUCAGGAAACAUUCUAUUAAAAAAGCAGCACUGCAAAUUUUUGAUCCGUAUUGUCUUUUCAGGAAACGCUGCAAUAAAAAAGUGGCACUGAAAGUGUGUAUUGCUGUGAGGCCUUCAGUUUUCUCUUCAGUACUGUUAAUUGGAGCAGGUGCUUUUAUUAUUGUGAACUUGGAUGGAGAAACACUGAACAGAAAUAAUAAUUUUCUCUCACGCAGAAUUCAACUGUAAUUUUCAUGUUUUUAUUUUGAAUAUUACCUUUAUUUUUUUUUUCAUUUUGCUUUAAAGUUAAAACCCUUUAAACUACUUUAAAGUAGUUUUCAGCACUACAGGUUAGAAGAUUGCUCAUCUUAACCUGGGAACUUGGAGUAAAUCCGAAUAUUAGCAUGUUUCAUUUCAAAGUGGUAUGUUUAUUUUAAGCUGGGCAAAAAAUUAAAGCUGAGUUAUAUAGAUUACACUUGCUUGUAACUGAAAACACAUAUGAGAGGAACUUGUGGCUCUGAUCUUAAUAUUGUUGUAAUGACAGCAGCAACCUGAAUACACAAAGGAGUUAGGACUGCAGCUCCGUAGUUUUUAUUUCUUAAAUUGGAAAACUGUGAAAAUAAACAUUAUCUAACUUGCAUAAAACAUCUGUAGAUUAUGUAAUGUUAUCCCACAAAUAGUGGGAUAACAAGAUAUAUAGGUGAAAUGGGUGGUUUUAUUUCCUUUUAAGGCACUCUCGUCUUUACAUGAGUUAGAAUUAGUAACCUGACUUAUUACAGAAGCUGUUUUAUGUUCUACAUAGUGCCUAAAGCUACUGUGUAACUAUUUUUCAACUUGAAGAAUAUGAAUUGUUGCAAAACAAUGUAAGAAGUCCAAAAUUCUUUGAAAAUUGUGAAUACUGUAAAUACAUUGUUACUUCUGUAUGUGAUGAAAAAAAGGUUGGCAUAUUUAAUUGCAGUUUGUCUUAACAUAGUAUGGGAUGCUCAUAUAAUUGUAUUUCUUGUACAAGUUUUAAAAGAAAGCUUAACUUUCAAUUUGCCAGUUACUGAUACAGCACUGUUGAACUGUGUCACUGAUGUGGUAUGCUUCUUUUAAAUUUGUUGUUGCUUACACAAGUAGUAUUACAGACCUGCUUUGCAGGCAUCAGGUCAUGGUGCACACAUGAAGUAGAUUUUGACUCUUAAAAUGUAGUAAAGGGUGCAACUAUAAUAUUUUGCUGUUGAAUUUUGAAGACAGUCACCAGAACACACAUGCUUACCUGUUCCUGAUAAGCUUGUUAUGGGAAUAAAUGUUUAUUGGCUGGUUUGCUCUAAA